GGAGUUUCUUGUCUCUCGUUCCUUACCCAAUUUUUAUAUUCGAACCACUCAAGUCAAUUCAUCCGAUAAGCAAACAAACAAUGCCACCCCGCAAGCGCAAAGCCGCAGCCAUCGCGCAUGAUGACGACGCAGUCUCAACACCCGACUACUCCGCGCGUCGCCGCUCAACGCGCGUCUCUGCCUCCGCAAAGAAAAGCCAUUACUUUGAAGGCGGGGACUCUGAUUCCGACUCACCAGAAGCUUCCGCCGCUGCCAAAUCCAAAUCCAACGCCAAAUCCAAAGCCAAAGCCACACGCGGCAGGCCAAAGAAGGCCAAAGUAGAAGCCGAUUCCGACUUGGACGAAAACGACGACGAAGACGACGAAGACGCCUAUAACGACGACCCCGAAACCCAAAAUGACGACGACGACGACAAUACUCAUCAAAACAACAACAACAACGAAGAAGAAUCAGAUGAUUCCACUUCCUCCCCCAAGCUCACUUUCAUCCCCAUCCCCAAACUCCGCGACCCAAACGGCGUACCCUACACCCCCUCCACCAUCCACCCCAACACCCUCCUCUUCCUCGCCGAUCUGCGGCGCAACAACAAGCGCUCCUGGCUCAAACUCCACGACGCCGAGUACCGCCGCUCCCUCUCAGACUGGGAAUCCUACGCCACCUCGCUCACCGACGAAAUCAUCGCCUCAUGUGACUCCACCAUUCCCGAGUUACCCUUCCGAGACAUCAACUUCCGCAUUUAUCGAGACAUCCGCUUCAGCAAAGAUCCCACGCCUUAUAAGCCGCACUACAGCGCGAGCUGGUCGCGCACGGGACGGAAAGGCCCGUAUGCGUGUUACUAUGUGCAUGUGGAGCCGGGCAAGUGUUUUGUGGGUGGCGGGCUGUGGCAUCCUGAUGGGCCGGCGCUUGCAAGAUUGAGGGCUAGUGUGGAUGAGAGGCCGGGACGGUGGAGGAGGGUGUUGAUGGAUAAGACGUUUAGGGACACGUUUCUUGGGAAGGGGGGAAAGGAGUCGGAUGGUGGGUUGGAUGAAGAGAGGGCGGUUAUUAAGGCAUUCUGUGUGGCUAAUGCUGAGAAUGCGCUGAAGACUAAACCCAAGGGCUUCGAUGCUGAGCAUAGAGACAUAGAGUUGCUCAAGCUGCGCAACUUCACCGUGGGGAAGAAGUUGCCUGAUUCUGUCUUCACAUCAGAAAACGGGCAGGAACAGGUGCUUGAUGUUAUCAGGGCUAUGGUUCCGUUUGUAACGCACCUCAAUCGCAUCGUCAUGCCUGAUCCUGGCGACGAUGACGAUUCAGAAGAGGAAGAAGUUUGAAUGAAGCCGCUCGAGGGAAUGAACCCUUUGUCCUGUGUUUUGGAUUCGACUCCCAGUCUUUUGGAUAGCGAGCGAUAUCAGGAUCUGGAACUGCUUCAUAUUGUCGAUUCUUCUUCCCUUGCUUACUGACGAUGAAAUGAUACUCACCGCAACGGC